GUGAAUCACGCAGUUGAUCAUUCGAAAUAACCCCCCGACUCCAUACUUUCCCGCAUCCUCCGUAACCCAACCCCUUCAGUCUGUCAAAACAACGCAACUAUCUACUUGCUCUCAUGAAUCAUCAAAACAAUGAGUGAACUAAAGAGCUCCAGCAGUGGAUUCGUAGUUGUGAGAUAGCGAUAAACCGUAUUGGAACCAGAAUUUUAUAAUUUCGACGUCAAGGAAUUACGCCCUCAUCAUCGAUAAACCGCUGGACUCCCUCCCACGAUGAGCACUUCAAUCCUCCGUGAGGCGAACAAAACGCCUUCCCGGCGAAAACGAAGGCACCCCACGGAGGACCACAAGCUCUCGUGCGUAAAGCGUAUGGAGAACGAGUCGACUUCCCGCCUCGCUAAAGAGAUGGGAGUAGCCCCCUCCACCCUCCGGGAGUGGAGAAAAGAGUACAUAAGCUCUGGAAAGCUCCCGUCCCCCCUCUCUCGGCAAAAAAAGGCCCGUGGGGCCAAGAAAGGCGAUCCGCCCCUUCAAAAGCCGCACACGCCCCUCCCAGGGUCCCAUUCGCCUCCCGAGAUACCCCCCCAUCCCUUCCCAAGGCCCCACCUCCCUCUCCAAAGACCCAGAAGGGCCUCGAGGUCCUUCCCCACCCCUGAGCAGCCUCCGCUAGACCCGGAAUCUUUGGAGAAGCUGGAACUCAUGACCAACAUCGGUUUGAAUCCCGCAAAACUCGCGGAAUCUCCUAGAAUUCCGUUGUCUUCUCCGGGGCCUCAGGAUUCACCAAAAUUAUCACAAAAUAUCCCCUCCCCUCCUCAUUCUGGCCUGGACGAGGCGAUCUUCCGGUGGUUCGAGAGGAGCAGGCACGAGGGCCUCUUCAUCUCCUGCGCUAGAUUAAAGUCAGAAGCCACUUCCCUCAAUAAACAGCUCUCCCCCACCUCAAAUUUCAUAGCCAGUGAGCAAUGGCUGAGCUGCUGGAAGGCUCGAUAUGGAGUUCGAUACCUCCCGGAGACCCUGGAGAAGGUGACGACGGAUAAGAUGGGGGAGAAGGAGUUCACGAUCGAGGUAAAUCGAAUUCUGAAGGACGAAGAGUUGAGAAAGUGUCAGGUUUUCAAUUGCUGCGAGAUCUCCUGGAGCUGGAAGAACCUUCCGAGGAGGUCCUCUGCGGGGAGGAGUAGUCUCGAGCAUUGCACUGGGGAUUACGUGACGGUUAUGGGGUUCUGUAAUGCUGAUUUAUCAAUGAAACUACCUCUGGUGAUACUCCGGAGACCUGGAAAUGUUCAGGUCCUGGAGAAUAAGAAUAAUCUGCCGCUUUACUCCAUCGAGAGAAAUGAACCCUGGAUGUUCUCCAGCGUUUUAGGAAACUGGUUCAGAAAAGACUUCGUCCCCGUAGUGACACAAUUCUUAGAAAACCGACAACUGCCUCCAAAAGCCAUUCUCAUCGUCGACGACACCCGGUUCCUCCCCACCAACCUCUGGUUCGGUGACUUCAAGAUUGUAUUCCUCCCCCAGACCUCCACCUGCCUAAUGAGGCCGUUUUACCAAAAUCCAGAAAAAAUCAAAACCCAUUGUAAGAAGACCCUGGUCCUCUCCCUGGCACUCCACAUGGACUGCGACAAGUCCAAGGGGGUCCGGAGACACCUCCAGGGUAGCAUAACAAUUGUAAACCUGUUGAACUGGAUUUACACCGCGUGGGAGAACAACAAGGGGGAGAAACCUCGACAGGUUCUGGAGUCAUUGAAGAGUAUCGACGGCUUCAAGGACAUCACCGUAGAGGAGUUGAACGAGUGGCUGGAGGACUCGGAAGAGGACGAUCUGGCUGAGGUACUCGAGGAGGCUGUAGAGAUCGUGCAGACACCCGAUAUGUCUGCCUACGUUGAGGGGGAAGAGGGCGAGGGGAACAAUGGGGAAAUCGUCACACCUGGUGACGCUGUGAGGUACCUUGAUUCCGUCAUCGAGUUCUUCUGUCACUACAGAAACCUUUCCGAGACUGAUCUCGCUGCUCUGAGACUUGCUAGGGAAACUGCGAAUAAUAUUAGUUGUUACUGAGGAAAAAA